GAACCGUAUAUGAUGAUACAAACAGUUAGACAUAGUGUAUAAGUGGACGGUGGAGAUCAUUAGAUCAAAUAACUGCAUAAGGCUGCUGCUGUUGCUGCUUAUAAAUAGGCUUCACGUUACUCAUUCUUAACAGAAAAAAUAUACACACUCCACUAUUUGCUUUAAUACAUACAAUAUAUAUACAUAUAUCUAUCGCUGAUUUUACAAUCUUUUUAUAAAAGUAGGCAACAAUGUCGUCUUCGUCUUGUUGUGCUGGAAAGUGUGGCUGUGGCUCUGGUUGCAAGUGCGGUAGCAGCUGUACUGGGUGCAAGAUGUACCCGGAUACGAGCUCUUUCGAGACCACGACUAACACAGAGACCCUUAUCUUUGGUGUCGCACCUAAAACUGGCAUUGAGGCUGGAGAAGCAGAAGUGGCAGAGAAUGGUGGAUGCAAGUGCAACCCAUGCAAGUGUGACCCAUGUACUUGCAAAUGAGUGUCUUCUUAGGAUAAAUGUUAGAGACAGCUAGUUUCAUAUGAUAAUUAGUAUUUCUAGUCGCUUUUGUUUCUUUUGUAACUUUGUUUUAGUGUGUAAUGUGUAAUGUAAUAAUAAAACUAAGCAGAUAAACUCUGCUUUUGUUUGUUUAAUCUAUCAAUGUAAUGCACUCGGCUUUUCUUGA